GAAGGCGUGUCAGCAUGUAACGUCACCAUCUCCUACACCCGCCCCAACUUAGACUCCCUCAUCACAGUCCACAUCCGGCUCCCCCUCCAAGAAGCCUAUAAUGCCCGGUUCCUGGGUAUCGGUGGCGGCGGGUGGCUGGCGGGCGAAAUCGGCGACGAUGUGAUGGCGGCGUACACCGCGUCAGGAUACGCUGUUGCUGCUACGGAUGGAGGGUACGAACAUAACCCGUACUCGACGGCAGACUCGUGGCUCUUCAAGGAUGGGAAACCGAAUCUCGAAGCGCUGGAGAACUUCGCGUAUAGGGGGUUACAUGAGAUGACGCUCAUUGGGAAACAUGUUGCGGAAGAGUACUAUGGCAAGACGCCCGAGUUUUCGUACUGGAGCGGGUGUUCGACUGGCGGGAGACAGGGUCUUGCGAUGGCGCAGCGGUUUCCGGGGGCGUAUGACGGGAUUCUUGUGGCUUGUCCUGCGGUGAGUUUCCCGGGGCUGUUGAUGGGGAUGUUUUGGCCGCAGUUGGUUAUGAAUGAGCUUGGCGUGUAUCUUUCCGCUUGCGAGAUGGAGGCUAUGCAGAAAGCUGCGGUUGAGGCUUGUGAUGAGGUGGAUGGGGUCAAGGAUGGAGUUAUUGCGAGGGAUGAUUUGUGUGUGUUUGAGUCGAGGGGGGUGCUUGGGAGGGAGUUUGAGUGUGAUGGGGUGAAGGGGAGGGUUUCGGAGGGGGCGAUGGUUGUUGCUGAGGCGCUGUUGAGGGGACCUGUUGAUGAGGAGGGAGGGAGUUUGUUUCCGGGUUCGACGGUGGGGACUGCUGCGACGGGGUUGAUGGCGUUGGGGAAUGUUGUUUGUGAUGGGGGGAAGUGUCGUGGGAGGCCGUUUACGAUUGCUACGGAUUGGAUUCGGUUGUUGGUGAUGAAGGAUGCUGAGUAUGAUCCGGCGAGUAUGACCAGGCAGGAGUUUGCGACGUUGUUCAAGGAGACGGUGGAGGAGUUUGGGGACAUGAUUGGGAGUGAAAACCCUGAUCUGGGGGCACUCAGGGAGGCUGGGGGGAAGAUGAUUGCGUGGGAUUCUAUCAACGAUGAGGCUAUCACGAUUAACGCCAUGAGGCGGUAUUACGGCAAGGUCGUCGAGGUUGAUGGGGACGGGGGAGGAGGAGUCGAGACGGCAGAGUAUUUCAGGUUCUUUGAGGUACCCGGAACUACGCAUUGCGCUGCGCCCAAGGGAGCUGUGUUUCCUUUGAGGGCUUUGGAUGCUUUGAGGCGGUGGGUUGAAGAGGGGGUUGCGCCGGAGAAGGUGGAUGCUGUUGUCAUGGGACUGGCUAAGGGGGAGGCGGCGGAGAGCAAGGCUCCUUUCUGCAAGUUUCCCUUGGUGGCGAAGGCGGUUGGGAGUGAGUGGACUUGUGUUGAGCGUGAGAAGACUGCGAAGAUUGAAGAGAAGAGGGAGAAGUAUGAGUUGUGA